AUGAACGGGUGGGACGUGGUCUGAAUGUACUUAUCCAAGACUUUCCCGGGCUCGUGUUGCUGCUGUUAGUGUUGGAGAUCUAUGGUUUUGAUAGUUAGAGGAGUUUGAAGAUUGGAAUAACCGGUGUGCACGGCGUUUGGACAAUUGAGAGACACAUGUGGAAUUACGUACUAAACAAAAAAAUGUUUGAAUGAGCUGGAGCUUCACAACUAUUGUUCAGCACCUCCAGGAACUCCUACAAGACGCUGAGAAAACUAUUCCAGGUACUAAAAUCGAGAAUGGCGGUGACAGUGUCGAGUGACUUGUCUGUGAAUGUAAGUGAAGAUCAAGUUGUGAAGAAAUUAACAGACAAACAGGAAGUCUUAAAAGAGAGCUUACGCAAAGGGGAGCCCAAAGCCAUGGGGAUUUGCCAAGUGAUGGUGGGGUUUAUGGUCAUCUCCUAUUCUAUUCCACUGCUCUCUGCUGAGUUCACACAGCUGGUCUGGUUUGGUGUGCCGUGGUGGAGCGGCCUAACAUUUGUUGCUGCAGGUACUAUGGCUUUAGUAAUGGAAAAACGCAACAGCAUACAACUGGUCCUGGCAUGCUUGCUAAUCACAAUAGCGGCUGCAUUCAUCUCCAUCCUUGCACUGGUCUUCUACUUCGUUGACCUUCUGAAGAACCCAGAACAUGAAUGCAUGGAGAACCAGACGAAUUUGCCCGAAAAUACAUGCGAACAACUUUAUCAUGGCAGUGUUUUCAGCAAAGACAUGAAGUCAAUUCUUAUGUGCCUGACUGUAGUGCAGACUGGCAUCUCCUCUGCUUUUUCAUACAUGCUGUACAGCGAACGGAAAAGGUUUAUCCGCUACUCGCUUGUGAAUUGAAGAUCUCCUGUUUAUCAUAUAACCUCGACGUUCAGGACUCCAAUCUACAUAUGGCGCACAUCUCUGCAACUUCUUUGUUAUGUCUGUAAUACAUUGCUUCAACUGUACCUUAAUACAUUUACUGACCAAAAAUAUCACAUCAAAAAGGAGUUGAUGGAUUGGAAUGAAACUCUGUAAGUGUGAAUGUUAUGAUGAUAUAUGCAAGUGAUUAAAACAUUAGAGUGUAAGGAAAGGUUUAUUAGGGGAAACUGCACAAUAGCAAGGAGACUCUAGAAUGCCAGUCUCAGCUGGUCCCAUAAAUGCUCUAUUAACAAGAAAUCUGGCGACUGGCAGGACAAGAAAAGUGUUUUAAUCCAGCAGAGAAAUUCCUGGGAAACCCUUAUGGUGUGUGGGUGAGCAUUAUUGUGCUAACAAUUUCCAGUUGGAAGCCCCGCCAUGAGAGCCAACAUACUGAAUGUGCUACACCUAUUAUUGAGCUCUUUGCGUCCCCCUGAUCACUACUACAGGUGACUAGCUGAUGUUUAUGUUGGCUCCCCAGAUCAAAGCUUUAGAAGUUAGGGUAGUGUGUUGUUACACAGCAAAGGCAGGAUGGAAGCACUACAUGAAUGUUGUUGGAUCCCAAACAGACAACACAGUUUCAGUCUGCAGUGGUACAGGUUUCUUGUUUUUAUGACAUCUCUACAAAAAAAAUCAGUGGUACCUAAUCACCUAGAUGGCAGGCAAUUUGUAAAAAAAGAUCAUCCUGCUUCUCUCAGUUCAAUGAUGCAUCCAUAUUAAAAGUCUGGGCAUAUUGUCUUUGAGUGUUUGUAGAGGCAUGUCUAGCAGUCCACAAUCUCUCAUCAAGAGGUACACUACCUAAAAGUAGCCUCUGAGGUAAUUUCUAUAGGACAGUGGGAAAAGCACUAUUAAGACCUUCUUGUGGAAAGUCUCACUGUCCUAUAAGGCCAUACCUGUUAUCAUUUACACAGACAUAACUGCACGUCAAGGUUUGCAGACAUUGUAUGCUUUAUUUUUUUUUGCCAAUAAGUGCAUAUUGCUUUAUAUAUUGGACAUUAUGUAUUUGCGGGUGUUUUAAGUUGUGUCAGUGUUGUAUAAAUGUAUUAUUACUUUUUUUAUCUGCAUCAAAAUCACAUCAAAAGCAGGGCAGUUGUGAAAGGGUUAAAUUUCAGCUGUAAAGAGAGCGCUGGAUCUAAGAGGUCUGUUGUUUUUCAUGCUUCCUUGAAUGGACAGUGAGAGCUGUGUUGUGUUGAAUCUUGCAGCCGCUGGCCUUUAACCUUCUGAAAUUCUUCCAAUUGUCCCUACAGUAUUUCUCUCUCAUAGCAACAGACAUGCUAGGCUUUUCGGCCUCUGUGAGAGAAGACACUUACUUUUUCACUCUGCAGUACAUUUAGAAGUGAUGAAAAGCUUAGUAACCACUCACACAAUGUUCAUUUGUUAAAGCACAGCAGGAUGAAUUACUUCCCAGAACUGUGAGUGUUUCUAAGAAUUGCAAGUGAAGAGUUUCCAAAUUACAUUACAGUAUUAUACUCUGUCAUGCAGGAAUUGUGUCUGAAGACUUUUGCUAUGUCCCCUGGAAACUGAAGAACAGUGAACUGGGAGUAACCUGUCUGGUUGCAUGGACAAUUUAGCCAGACGCCACUGGUGACAAUCAUUAACAUCCACUACACUUUUUAGGUGGUAAUGCCUUUUACAACAUAUUUUUGGUCCAUCUGGCACCCAUUAUCAGGCCUCAAUGUGACAAUGUAUGUUAACUUACCAUGAGCACUCAGGCCAGCCUUCAACAUAACUUUCUCAACUUUUUGUAAUUUGGUAAAUAAUGGUCAAUUACUCAUCGUGAAGCUUUUAAAUUGCUUGUGUGUAAAGUUCACUUUCAGCAGCAUAUUACACUAAAAAAAAACAAUAUCAGUAAAAAUUGUAUUUAUGGAACCAAAUUAUUCAAAUAAUCAGUUUAAUUAAAACUUAUUAGAAAAAUACAAUUUCUUGACACAUGCGUUAUCUUUGCAAAAUGUCUUUUGAAUAUCGCCAAACAAGUACUCUAAUGCAUUUAUAAUGAUUCAGAAUGUUGUUUUGAUGUUAACUAAAGAAUGUAUGUUUGCCACUUAAAUGUUUGUGUUUUUUUUAUGGAAAUAUGUUUAUAAAGGUGAAAUUAUAAAUUGAAA